CUAGCAAACUCUAUUUCUUGUAUCAACACGUUAGGCAGGCUAGUACACUUCAAGACUGUCAAGACCGUCAAGAUCAACGACAAUGGCCUCAAGACCCACCGUUACCGUCCAAUCCGUCUCCGGAGAGGCUUCGACCUCCCUUCCCCUUCCUGCCGUCCUCACAGCUCCCAUCAGGCUUGAUGUAGUCGCCCAGGUUCACAAGAGCAUGGCUAAGAACAGGCGUCAGGCUUACGCCGUCAGCGAGAAGGCCGGGCACCAGACUUCAGCUGAGUCCUGGGGUACUGGUCGCGCUGUUGCGCGUAUUCCUCGUGUCGGUGGUGGUGGUACCCACCGCUCUGGUCAGGCUGCCUUUGGAAACAUGUGUCGUGGUGGUCGCAUGUUCGCCCCCACCAAGACUUGGCGCAAAUGGCACGUCAAGGUCAACCAAAAUCAGCGCCGCUUCGCUACCCAAAUCGCCGAGGUUCCUCUUGUCGUUGAGAACGCAGCUGAGUCCUUCAAGAAAACCAAGGAGGCCAUAGCUCUCCUCCAGGCUCUGAAUGCAUACACGGAUGUUACCAAGGUCUCCAACUCGCGCAAACUCCGUGCAGGAAAGGGCAAGAUGCGCAACCGCCGCUACCGUCAACGUCGUGGCCCUCUUGUCGUUUUCAAGGAGGAUAACGGCAUCGUCCAGGCCUUCCGUAACUUGCCUGGUGUCGAACUCGUCAACGUCCAGAGGUUGAACCUUCUUCAACUCGCUCCUGGUGGACACAUUGGUCGCUUCGUCAUCUGGACAGAGGGCGCCUUCGGCCUCCUUGAUGAGGUGUUCGGCACCUUCGACAAAGCCUCCUCGUACAAGAAGGACUACCUCCUUCCCACCGCUAAGAUCUCCAACCCUGACGUGACUCGUCUCAUCAACAGCACUGAGAUUCAAUCUGUUGUCCGCCCCGCAGGUCCCAGGGUCCAGAAGCGCCCAUGGACACAGAAGAAGAACCCUCUCGUCAACAAGGGCGUCCUGUUCCGUAUGAACCCUUACGCCAAGACCCUCCGCAGACAAGAGUUGCUCAAGCAGGAGCGUGUCAAGGCACAAAAAGACAAGAGGGGAAAGAAGGCCAAGGGCUCCUCUGCUGGAGAGGCUUUCCUCAACACGUUGUUCGCUCCUUGAGUGUGUUAAAGUUAUGGUUACCUACAUCUACGUCGAUUGUCCUCGCAUGCCCUUAUGCAUUCAUGCCACACAAAAAUUGUCAAUCAUGGAGACUCUUUGUCAGUAUUUCUGAUCAAUUUCAGAUGUCGUUCCACUCCAUUCCCAUUUGGUCAACAAGUACGUCCAAUAGAGUUAUGGUUCAGCCAAAUCUUCUGUCAAAGUGGACGUGUUAUCAGACGGUUCAGCCUGAUAAUACCCAAUAGUUUUUCCACCCUCGAACAGUACUUACCCUGCAGGAGCGUGGAACUUACGUCCUUGAUAAAUUUCAAACAGGUACAAGACCCGAUUCAAUUGUAAAAUGAUGAGUACCAUGUCGUCUUGAG